UAAGAACGGAAGAUGACCAUUCUGAUUCGAGUGAUAAUGAUCCGCAGCCCAAGAAGCGUAAGAAAUCUAUAGCGAGAACAAAAAAGGCUCGAAACAAACCACUAACAAUGAAGGCGUCGCAGUUGGAUUGCUCGGAGAGUCUUAUUCUGUUCCGGCCUAAAAACACUAGUGUCGCAAGCAUCUUAGCAGAAAGCAAGCAGCCGGCACCUCAUAUUGUGGGUCUUGGAACAAUUUAUGACGUCAAGAUAGAAGAGUUCUUCGUAAUUAUCAACAAGACGGCGGUGCCACGCGGACCAAGCUUCAUGGUGGCUCUGGAUACUUAUCUAAAAAGUACAACCGUUCUUUAUAUACCCCCACCGAUCGAAUCUUAUAAUCACUGGAUGUUCAUGCAGCAUGGAAUUGCUGGAAAGCCGGCCGAUAACCCUCUUCCUCCUGUUGUUCAAGCACUCAUUGGACAAAUUAUGCCACGAAUUUAAUAAUUCUUUAUUUAAAUGACUUAAUUAUAAUUUGAAUAUUUCAGUAAUUUCGGUUGUAACUUAAUGUUG